AUGAUUAAGAGAGCGUCCAAUCCGUGGUUUUUCAUUUUGGCAGUUGUCAUUAACUGUGUGAACUUGUUCGGUCAAGUCCACUUCACGAUCCUUUAUGCCGAUUUGGAGGCUGACUAUAUCAACCCAAUUGAGCUGUGUUCGAAGGUGAACAAGCUGAUUACGCCAGAGGCUGGUCUGCACGCCGCUUUAUCCCUGCUUUUCUUACUCAAUGGAUACUGGUUCGUCUUUUUAAUAAACUUGCCAAUCUUGGCCUACAACGCCAAUAAAAUCUACAACAAAGUCCAACUGUUGGACGCCACGGAAAUCUUCAGAACUCUGGGCAAACACAAAAGGGAAUCGUUUUUGAAACUAGGGUUUUACUUGGCGAUGUUCUUCUUCUACCUGUACAGGAUGAUCAUGGCAUUGAUUGAAAACGGUGACAGCAACUGA